UCAAACAAACAAUACUAAAUGAAUAUAAAUGAAUUGAGUUUCAGAACACAUCUAUAUAUUCAUAGAUAUAUCUAAGUAACACGCUAUAUGUUUUCCUAUUCAUUCAAAAACUAACUAGCUAACGUGUGUUUUUUUAAAUAAUGAAUAAUAAAUUAACGGAAAUAACAACCACAUUCAUUAUUAUAAUAUACAUUUUGAAGUAAACAGAGACAAAGAUGACCUUUAACCAUCAUAUCAAUAAAAUAAUUAACGUAUGACAGAAUUCAAAACUUAUUUUCAUACCGAUUCGUAUAAUAAUAAUAAUAAUAAUAAUAAUAAUAAUAAUAAUAAUAAUAAUAAUAAUAAUAAUAAUAAUAAUGACAAUAGUAAUAAUAAGAAUAAUAGUAACAAUGCUAAUAAACACUGUAUAAAAAUUGAAUCUGAACGAAGUACACGUUUAUGUAUGAUGAAAUAA